UCAAGCAAAACAAAGUUGUGACGCCACAGUUUCCCAUCAUCCACUGCAGCAACAUGGCGGACACUAGAGAGAAGGGACUGCAAGACUACAGGAAAAAACUACUCGAACAUAAAGAGAUUGACGGGCGGUUAAAAGAACUGAGAGAGCAGCUCCGAGAACAAACCAAGCAGUACGAGAAAUCAGAAAAUGACCUCAAGGCUCUGCAAAGUGUCGGCCAGAUUGUCGGUGAAGUGCUCAAACAGCUGACUGAGGAGAAAUUUAUUGUUAAAGCCACCAAUGGGCCGCGCUACGUGGUUGGAUGCCGCAGACAGCUGGACAAGUCUCAGCUCAAGCCAGGCACCAGAGUGGCUUUGGACAUGACCACCCUCACCAUCAUGAGGUACCUGCCCAGAGAGGUCGACCCCCUGGUGUACAACAUGUCCCAUGAGGACCCCGGCAGCGUCUCCUACUCAGAGAUCGGGGGCUUGUCCGAACAGAUUCGUGAGCUUAGAGAGGUGAUUGAGCUGCCUCUGACCAACCCUGAGCUCUUCCAGAGAGUGGGAAUCAUCCCUCCAAAAGGCUGCCUGCUCUAUGGGCCUCCAGGCACUGGGAAGACUCUCCUUGCCCGAGCGGUGGCCAGUCAGCUGGACUGCAACUUCCUCAAGGUGGUGUCCAGCUCCAUUGUGGACAAAUACAUUGGUGAGAGCGCCAGGUUGAUCAGAGAGAUGUUCAACUAUGCCAGGGACCAUCAGCCAUGCAUCAUCUUCAUGGAUGAGAUCGACGCCAUUGGUGGCCGUCGUUUUUCUGAGGGAACCUCUGCUGACAGAGAGAUUCAGAGGACAUUGAUGGAGCUGCUGAACCAGAUGGACGGCUUUGACACCCUGCACAGAGUGAAGAUGAUCAUGGCCACCAACAGGCCUGACACUCUGGAUCCUGCCCUGCUGCGUCCUGGCAGGCUAGACCGCAAAAUCCACAUCGAGCUACCCAACGAACAGGCUCGUCUGGACAUCCUGAAGAUCCACUCCAGUCCCAUCACCAAGCAUGGCGAAAUAGAUUUUGAAGCCAUUGUGAAGCUGUCGGACGGUUUCAACGGAGCUGAUCUAAGAAACGUGUGCACAGAAGCAGGUCUGUUUGCCAUCCGCUCUGACCGGGAGUACGUCACUCAAGAGGACUUCAUGAAAGCUGUGCGCAAGGUGGCGGAUUCAAAGAAGCUGGAGUCCAAGCUGGACUACAAGCCUGUAUAAUGCCUUUCUGUGUCAAAAGUCCUUUUCUGUAACUGAAACUUUUCAUUGCUUUUGCUGUGUUGUAUCGCAUUAAUGACCAGGGAAAGAACACGAUUUGUUACUUUGUUUUUGUACGUUUGUGGGAAGCAACAAUACAAGAUAGUACCGUUUCUUUACAGUUGCCAACAAAGUGACCUCGAGCAAUACAUUCAGAACCGCAGUAUACCAAUGUUCCCACUUCUUAGUCUGACUGGCCUCACAAAUGCUUAGGAUUGAAGGUGGUGACCAUUUUCUUGCAUCCAUCAGAUGAACACUUGUAUAAAAUUAUAACUUCAUUUACUGAAAAAAUAAAAACCCUAGAACAUAA